GGAGGGUCCCGGCCGCGGGGAGCCAGCUGUCGCCUUCGCCUCCGCCUUCGCUGUCGCCAUGCCGCUCUUCACCCCCAACCCCUUCGAGCAGGAUGUGGAAAAGGCCACAAAUGAAUAUAAUACCAGCGAGGACUGGGGUCUUAUUAUGGAUAUAUGUGACAAAGUUGGAAGUACGCCUAAUGGAGCAAAAGAUUGCCUUAAAGCCAUUAUGAAAAGGGUAAAUCAUAAGGUCCCACAUGUGGCAUUACAAGCACUAACACUGUUAGGAGCCUGUGUAUCAAAUUGUGGGAAGAUUUUUCAUUUAGAAAUAUGUUCACGUGAUUUUGCAAGUGAAGUUCGUGUUAUAAUAAAUAAGGCUCAUCCAAAAGUGUGCGAAAAGCUUAAAGCUUUAAUGGUGGAAUGGUCAGAAGAAUUUCAAAAGGAUCCUCAAUUUAGCUUAAUAGCCGCAACUAUUAAAUCUCUUAAAGAAGAGGGAAUAACUUUUCCUGCAGCUGGUUCUCAGACUGUUCCAAGCGUUGCCAAGAAUGGUGCAUCAUCAUCAAGCAAAAACAAAGAAGAUGAAGAUAUAGCCAAAGCUAUUGAAUUAUCUUUGCAAGAACAGAAGCAGCAGCAAAUGGAAACUAAAUCUUUAUACCCAUCUGCAGAAAUUCAACAGAACAAUCAGAAAAUCUCAAGGAAGGUGCGAGCUCUGUAUGACUUCGAAGCUGUGGAGGACAAUGAGCUCACCUUUAAAAGUGGAGAAAUUAUUAUUGUUUUGGAUGACAGUGAUACCAAUUGGUGGAAAGGUGAAAAUCAUAGAGGAGUAGGACUUUUCCCAUCUAAUUUCGUAACCUCUAAUUUAAAUGUAGAACCUGAAACAGCGACUGUGGAUAAAACGUCUGUUACUGAAGAUACAAUAGAAGAAAUUAAGAAAGCAGAACCUGAACCAGUUUAUAUAGAUGAGGAUAAGAUGGAUAAAGCACUUCAGGUACUUCAGAGUAUAGAUCCUACAGAUUCAAAGCCAGAUUCUCCAGACCUUCUGGACUUGGAAGAUGUCUGUCAACAGAUGGGUCCUAUGAUAGAUGAAAAGCUAGAGGAGAUAGAUAGGAAACAUUCAGAAUUCUCUGAGUUGAAUGUGAAAGUACUAGAAGCCUUGGAACUCUAUAACAAGCUGAUGAAUGAAGCACCUUUGUAUUCAGCCUAUUCAAAACUCCAUUCUCAAGCACAAUAUCCACCUACAUCAGCUGGUGUUCCAGUGCAGCCCUAUCCACUACAGCCACCUGGUGGGAACUACAUGAUUCAGGGUGUUCACCAAGUCACUCUUCCCCAAGGUUACAGUCUAGGACCCGAUCAGAUGGGCCAGCUAAGGUCUCUGCCUCAGAGUAUAAACACUUCUGGAGCAACUCAGGCGGCUCAGACUGCAUAUAUAAGUGCUGGACCAGAUUCUGUGUCAAACCCCGCGUAUAUGAACCAGAACUCUGGCCUUCAGUCAGCUACCAGUCAAGCUGCUUACACCCAGCAGAUGGGAAUGUCGGUGGAUAUGUCAGCUUACCAGAACACUACGUCUAGUUUGCCUCAAGGAACAGGCUACCCUAUGGCAGUUUCCGCUCCUUCAGUUCUGCCGCCUCAAACAAAUUACCAUCAACAGCCUCUCCUUUGAAAACAAACUAGGCUUAUAUUUCUGAAAGAGUUUCUAAAUGUUGCUGAACCUAAUGAUUUAUGACUGCUUGUCAUUGAUCUCAAAGUAUAUUUUCAACAACCCAACUUGCGUUAUUAUGCAAAGUAAAACAUACUUUGUUUGACUGUUUUUUGUUCGGAAUCUCCCUAGAAAUGAUUUGAGCUAGAUUAACUAACUACUUAAGUUUAUGAUUUCAAACCCAAAGUGAGUAUCAAUCAACUUAAAACACUUCCUUCAAUCUCUUGAAGCAUCACUUUCAAAUCUAAAAUUAAGUAAUAGAUUGUCCAAAAGAGAAUUGAUUCUUUUUUUUAGUAUGUUGAAAAAUUGAGUUUGUUUUAAAAUCUAGUUCUUUGUUGCUUUGUCUGUUACCUUUUUGCAUUUUUUCCAUCUCAUUGACUUAGGGAAACCUUCAUUUAAAUGGUGUUUUUUGAUUUAGAUGCAUUGUAGUCUUGUUUGCACCAUUGUCAGCUCUACUGUGUGGAUUGUAUUACAUACUCAGAACAAUUGCAUGGUAAAGCAAAUGUGAACUCAGAGAGGAAAUUGUUUUGAAGACAUGGCAAUGAGGACCAUGUAAAUACAGAAAUGAAAAAUGUUAAGAUUUUCUUUUAUAUUAUAGCCAGACUGGAUUUGGAGCUCUAGAGGUCUCUUCUUUCUUCCACCAGGUGUUGUGUUGGUACAGAGCUGUUUCACUACUUCUGUAUCGGAGUUUAUACUUUAAGCAUCAGAUGUUUCAGAAGGGCAGGCAGGGGCCAGCUGCAAACU